AAUAUUAUUAUUCUUUAAUUAUUAUAUUAUUAGUAUUUUUUCGGUUUCGACUGGUUUUUUUUCCCUCUUAAUUGUGAGAUCUAUAUUUUACAUUUAGUGUGAAUAAUAUAUUAUUGGAAUGGAAUGUACAGCUGUAUAGUUUCUCAUAGCAUUACUCAAUAAUAAUUGGAUAUGGUCAACUGUUUGAAUAUUGACCGAACCAUAUUGAGAUCGGCUGUUGUUCUACAAAGUGCAUUAUGAAAUUUUAAACAAUUUAAAAGUGUUUUUCAUACGUUCAUUUUUUGAGUUAUAGAGAGAACUGUGGUUGUGGAAACGACAGUUGAAAAGUAGGUUUUUUUGUCAAUUGUAAACUAGUGAGAAUCAAAAAAUACUAAAAAUAAUAUGGAUAACGAUAAUGGUACCAUGAUCGAAACAGAAGAAGACGAGGAAGUUAAAUCGUAUUUUAACGAAGCCUUAGAGAAAACACCAGAGCUGAAUCACAUUGAAAACACUCAAUGGUUCACCAAUGGCAAUCCAUGAUUAUCGAAAAACAAUUGACGGACUUAACGAAGCAGGAGAAAUAAAAAUUGAAAUAGAAAAAUCAGACGAUUAUUGCUUCAAGUCGAUUUGUGAAGAAGAUGAACUGGUGAUAGAGCGACAAAAGACAAAUGUCAAUAAUAAAUACAUUUACAGGACACGAUUGUUAAAUACUUUUUUGUAUACUUUUAUAUACAUUUUAUUUUUCAGGUUUUCUGAAUCGAAAAUCAAAAUUGAAGACGAAACAGACGAUUACUACGGCACUGUGAACAAAAUUGAUAAAGACGACGAGGAUACGAUGAAAGAGGAGUUUACUGAAACCUUUGUGAAAGAAACAAAAUCAACCAACAUUGAAAAAUCAUGUUGUAGUUGCUGCUUGACGGCGCACAACGAUCUUUCAUUCGACGGGAAUAUAAACAACAAAGAAUUGUGCAAUACAACGGUGGUUAAAGUCCAAGUCGAUAUAAUAGAUGGACAUUAUUAUACGAAUCUCCGAUUGAAAUUGAAGAAAAUGGGCUUUUGGAUUUGCAAAGAUGUAAGAGGUCUUUUAACACUAAACGGAAAGUGGCCCAACACAUCAUAAAUCGAUCACAUAGUGCACAUUCAUCGACCCAGAAAAGCACUACAAAACAGGUCAUCAAUAAAAAUAUUAUGGCCAAUACUAGCUUACACAAUAGUGAAAAGCCCUAUAAAUGCGCCGUUUGCUUAAAAUCAUUUACUGCAAAAUCAAGUCUCGCACAUCACGAACGAGUGCACACUGGUGAGAAGCCCUACAAAUGUGGGUUUGUUCUAAGUCAUUUUUUGAAAAAGUAAAACUCAUAACACACAAACGAGUGCACACUGGAGAAGAAAGGCCCUACAAAUGUGCGGUCUGCUUGAAAUCGUUUUCUCUAAACACAUGUCUCACGAGACACAUCAAACGCGUACACACCGAUUGAUUACCCCAAAAAAUAUGUAUACUUGGGUUUAUUAUUUUCUCAAUAAUCCAAGUUUAUAAAUUUUAACUUAAAAUUAUAUAGAAAUAUAUUUUUCAUUUCAUAGCACCAACUUGAAAA